UUUACGUCGGUUAUGGAUGGGGGAAGUUAUUGAACUUAUCGUUAAAUCUUCUUAUAUCAGUUUAACUUCACUUCACUUUUAACUUCAGCCCUCCUACUUCAAAACGAAAACACCCCUCCAACUGAUCCAACACUAAACAAACCCAAGAUGUCAUCAUACCCCAUAAUCGACGUAUGGGCGAACCCCAUCCUGCCUCUAGACCAAGGCGUCCCGGAGGUCCGCCGCCUCUUCGAGCAAUCCCACGCCGACACAACCCUGCUCUCCAAGCGGCGCACGCCCGCCGAGCUCGUCGCCCUCAUGGACGCCGCAGGCGUGUCCCAGAUCUGCCUCUGCGCGUGGUAUCGCCCCGGGCAGGCGGUGUUCUCGAACGAGGACGUAGCGGAGUUCACGCGCACGUUCCCGGACCGCUUUAUCGGGAUUGCGAGUGUCGAUCUGCUGGACCCGGUGGGGUAUGUGAGGGAGGUGGAGAGGUAUGUUAAGGUGGAGGGGUUUAGGGGCGUCAGGGUUGUGCCUUGGUUGUGGAAUUUGGCGCCUACUGAUAGGCAUUACUGGCCGCUCUAUGUCAAGUGCAUUGAGCUUGACGUUCCGUUCCUCACGCAGGUCGGACACACCGGACCCCUCUGCCCCAGUGAAGUCGGACGACCUGUUCCGUACAUCGACGAAAUCGCCCUCAAAUUCCCCUCCCUCUCCAUAAUAUGCGGCCACAUCGGCUUCCCGUGGACGCAAGAAAUGAUCGGCGUCGCAUGGAAACACCCCAACGUGUACAUCGACACAUCCGCAUACUUGCCCAAGUACUAUCCGCCGGAGCUAAUCCAAUUCGCCAACACGACUGGGAAGAAGAAGGUCAUGUUCGGGACGAACUUCCCCCAGCUGGGCUGGGAUAAGUGCGUGAAGUCCGCGAAUAAGGAUCUCAAGCUGAGGGAGGAUGUGAAGGCGGCGUUCUUUGGGGGGAAUGCGGCGAGGGUUUUGAAGUUGGGUGCGCCCUCCGCUGUAGGUGGAGUGGGUAGGGAGGGGAAGUUGUGAGUGAACAUGCCUGUUGAGGUAAAGGGUUCAGAUCUAUUGUUUGAGGUGCGUGGGAUUGGGAUGGUAGUGCUCAUUUACUGGUAGAAUAGAAGGGGAGGGAUGUAUUAGGUGUUGGUAGAGCAUUUUGGGCCUGACGUGUAAUGUUAGUCGAACAAGUUUGAAACAGGUAUCAUGCCAUUUAAUCAAAUUUAGAUUGUCAGUGUAACAAGGUGAGAAGUGACAGGUAAUUAUAUAUUGUAACUCAUAAGAAACGAUUUGAUG